ACAGAGAAAGAGGCGCCACCUCAAACCAACGGGGAGAGAUGAGAUGCCCGCCAAGCAUGCUCCGCCUUCAACCUUCCCUUCCCUUCCCUCCCAAGCUUAUUUCUUCCCCUCCUCCUCCCCCUCCCCCCGGCUCGCCGUCCCCUCCUCCUCGUCGUUUCCUCUUCCAUUGAUGUCUUGAGGUAGACACUGGAAUAAGAGCAAGAUGACAGUCAGCUUCAAGUAUUGGAAUGACUGUGUCGACAAGCUGGACCUGGAAGCAAUGUGGUUGGUUCCUGAUGUGAGCACCGAAUGGUUAGAUGCUGGAGAGACCAGAGACCAGAAAGUUCACCUCUCUCGGGAUCCUGAUGGACAGGCGUACUUGACCCAGACGGAAAUGAGGGCUGUUGCUGAUAUCAUUGUUCGGAGGCACUUUGCUUGUCAGAUUGAUCCGGAUAUGCUUUGUGCUAUUGCUGAACUUGAAAGUGACCGGCAGCUUUUUGCUUCAAAAUAUAACAAGAAAACUAAGGAAACUACUCUGGGGAUUAUGCAGAUUCUGCCCAAAACUGCAGAGUGGCUGAACAACGAACUAGGUUAUCGCUCAUAUGAUGUGGCAGGGAACACUGAUCUUCUGUAUCGUCCUUUUGUGAACGUUUACUUUGGGGCUGCCUACCUCAUAUGGUUGUCAAACUUUGAGAACAAAGGAAGAAGCGAAGAGUUUGUGGUUAGAGCAUAUAGAGGGGGUACAAAGAAAGCAACGCACAAACCUACUUUACCAUACUGGAAACGCUAUCUUUUAGUCAAAGAAACCUUUUCAACCAGAGAUUCUUUUAAUGGUGGCUCUUUUAUGGGUAGUGCUCCUGUUCCUGCUCCUCUUUCUCCUGUUCCUUCUGGCGGUUCUUCUCCUUUGCCCUCUCCUGCUCCUGAAGCUCCUGCCAUGAAAGAUUCAGGUGAUUCAUAUACGUUAUGGGACUCUAGAGUUUCUUCUGAAGACAUGGAAGAUAUGUGGAGUCAUCCAGAGGUUGCUAAAGAAUGGGGCAAGUCUGGAGAAAGAAAGGGGAAAGUCCGGUUUUCUCAUGAUGAUCAGAAGAGACCGUAUCUUUCCCGUGUUGAAUUGAGGGGAAUCGCAGAAAUCAUCCUCUUUAAACAUUUCUCUUCAAAACGUGUCAAAGCUAUAGUUCUUUGUGCAAUCGCGGAAGUAUCUAGCAAGCGUUUUGUGGAUGGGGUAGCAAAGCGGCCGGGGGUAAUGGGAAUCGAUUUUGCCUUGGCUUCAUGGCUUCACAAUCAAUCAUAUGGAACUGAUAUAACUCAGCUCGUUUUACUUGAAAGACACGUCUUCUUCACUGAGGAUGAAUUGGGCUACAAGGCUUACAGGAUGGACUCUGAGGAGGAUCUUCUCAAUCCAUUCGCAUCCAUGUACUUCGGUGCAGGCUACAUGGCAUGGUUAUCUGAAUACGAGGGGAGGGAAAGAACACCCCAGUUUGUCGUUCAGGCGUAUUUUGUUGGGCCACAGAACGUGAAUGUCCAGGAAACGGCUGCAGUCUGGCUCAAAUUCGAGGAGGCUUUGGGCAAGUAUGGAGAAAUGAAGAGGGAAAGCGGGAGCUGCACCAUUUUGUGAGAGAGCGGGCACCGUUUUGUGAGAUUACAGCGAUAUCGUGCUAGAAGUACACAGCGGUCUCCUCCGCUAGGUGGGCCGAUGGAAGAUCACGCCUACGGUAGCCGCCGAGCAAAAAAGAUUGUCAUGAUUAGCCAAUUGAGAGGGCGGACGAAAUUCUUUUAUUAUGUAGACAUGCAACGUUCAUCUCGUUUUGGUCAAAUUCUUGUAAUUUGCAUAUUACUUUCCGCCCACUUCUUCAGACAUGUAGCAAUUCUUUUUACUGGCUGAACUGAUUCUUUGGAGGAUUUUAAAACCACUCCUGGACACGAUAUCAUUUUUUGCUCCUCAUAAUGUUAGGAUAUAUGAAACUCAAGUGCCAUUCUCAUGAUCGUUUUAA